AUGAGUCUUAUUACCCUGCCUGGCGAGCUUCUCGCCGAGGUCUUCUCACUUGAUGAUCUUGUCUUGGCAAGACAAGAUAUCAAGUCACUAAGACUCACCUGCCGUCGACUAGCUAUCGCAACCACGCCCAUUCUCUUCUAUCAUGAAGAGCGUACGUGGGACUCAGAAAUGGGCCUCUGGAGAGAUGGAGAUGGAAAGCUCAAGAAGUUCGCUACUGAAAGAGAACUGCCAGAAGGACCAGAAGUCCCCGAUGAAGACGAAGACUCCGAUUUCAAUAUUGACAUGCAGCCUUUCUACGACAGAGAAGAAGACGAAUAUCUUCUCAGAAUCGAAAACUCCACGACCUGGCGUUUCGAGAACAAGGGAGAGUACGCCUACGGCAACGAACCCCUGGAUUUCUGGGAUGACUGGUACGAUGAUCGGGGGGAUGAGGCUGAGGCGACACCCUACGGCUGGAAUCUGGUCGCUUCUUCCGAGUGUCAUGAACUUGGCAGUGAGAUUCCGCAGCGGGGCACAUGCGAAUCCCUACGUCGUUAUAGUAUAGACAAUGACCCGGUCGUGUCUGACGUUUACGUUCGCAUGAAUCUUCCGAAGCCAGCGGACUUUGAGGUGUGGUCCAACGUACCAUGGAGUGAACUUAGGAUGGUCCGCGAAUCAUUUCACACUUCAAGGCUUAUAUAA